AUGGUAAAUAAUUUGUGUCUACAUUAUGGUCCUCUAAUCGGCCACAUUGGUGAUCAACCAUUUCACGAUUUCCCGGAACCCGAAGCCUUAACUGGUUCAGGGGUAGAGUCACAUCUCCGUGUACUAGGCUUUGGGUAUCGAGCAAAGUACAUUGCCCAAACGGCUUCGAUUGUGGCCUCAAAGCCUAAAGGUUGGCUCGAAAAUCUUCGCAAUCAGGAGACUUUUGACAUACCCUUUGAAGGAGAAAUCCCAGCAGGGGGUCGUCCUGGCUAUAGGAAAGCACAUGAAGAGCUCCUUGAGCUUCAAGGUGUUGGUCCAAAAGUUGCUGACUGCGUUUGUUUGAUGGGUUUAGGAUGGGGAGAGGCGGUUCCUGUCGACACUCACGUCUGGCAGAUUGCUCAGAGGGACUACAAAUUUGGAAAGGGAAAACACAAGAGUCUCACCAAAGCUACAUAUGAUGCGAUUGGCGAUCAUUUUAGAGGGUUAUGGGGAAAAGAGGCUGGCUGGGCGCAUUCAGUCUUAUUUGCGGCGGAUUUGAAAACAUUUUCCGAUAAACUUGUCACCAAGGUCGAAAUUAAAGUUAAUGAAGUCGAUAUAAAGCAGGAAAACGGUGAUAUUCUAGAAAAGGAAGUCGCAGUCAAGCGCGAGUAUCGUUCGGAGGAGAUGGAGAUCAAGGAAGAAGAGAAGGUUACGAUAAAGUGUGAAGGCGGCACAGAGGAGAUCGAACUUGAGGAAGAGGUGGAAGUAUUCCAGCCAUCGGCAAGGAGUGUAAGAGCCAAGAGAAGGAAAUUGUAA